CCUCACCUCCUCUGGCCUGACUGACCCACCAGCCCUCCACCAUGAACUACCUCCGCCGGCGCCUGUCAGACAGCAGCUUUGUGGCCAACCUCCCCAACGGCUACAUGAUGGAUCUGCAGAGGCCGACCCCUCCAGGUUCAUCCACCUCCUCUCCCGCCUCCCCGGCCACAGAGAGACGGCAGCCCCCGAGCCUCCCGACUCAGACCCAGAGCUCUGCCUCAGCCCCGGCCCCGGCCCUGGCCCCUGCCCCGGCUCCGACCGCAGCCCCGACCCCGACCCCGGCCCCAGCCCCGGCCUCCUCUGGGGGCGGAGGGGGCUUCCUCAGCUCCUUCUCCAGCGUGGUGAAGAGUGCUCAGAUGGCCCAGAACGUUGCUGCCGCUGCGCACGCCAAAGCAGCUGCAGCAGCAGCUGCCGAGGGGAACAGUCAGCCACCCAAACCUGUGGUACGCAAACCCAAGAUCCUGCUGGUCAUCGAUGAUCAGCACACAGACUGGGCAAAGUAUUUUCGAGGGAAGAAGCUGAACGGAGAGUAUGAGAUCCGAGUGGAGCAGGCCGAGUUCUCAGAGAUCAACCUGGCCUCCUACGUAACCUCGGGAUGUAUGGUGGACAUGCAGGUCAACAAAGGGGGCUCCAAAGUGGUCAGGUCCUUUAAGCCAGACUUCGUCCUGAUUCGCCAACACGCCUACAGCAUGAUCCCCGGCGAGGACUUCAGGAACCUUGUGAUCGGCAUGCAUUUCGGAGGCGUCCCGAGUGUCAACUCUCUCUUCUCCAUCUACAACUUUUGCAGCAAACCCUGGGUGUUUUCUCAGAUGAUUAAGCUGUACCACUCCCUCGGUCCAGAGAAAUUCCCCCUGAAUGAACAAACCUUCUAUCCCAACCACUCACAGAUGGUUACAACCCCUACCUACCCUGUUGUGGUCAAAAUGGGGCACGCCUACGCUGGAAUGGGAAAGAUCAAAGUUGAAAACCAACAGGACUUCCAGGACAUCACCAGCGUGGUGGCCCUGGCUGGGACCUACGCCACCACCGAGCCCUUUGUCCAGUCCAAGUACGACAUCCGCAUCCAGAAGAUCGGCAACAACUACAAGGCAUACAUGAGAACGUCCAUCUCCGGAAACUGGAAGGCAAACACAGGCUCUGCCAUGUUGGAACAGAUCGCCAUGACAGACAGAUAUCGGAUGUGGGUGGACUCCUGCUCUGAGAUGUUUGGUGGCUUGGAUAUCUGUGCAGUGAAGGCCGUGCACGGAAAAGACGGCAACGACUAUAUCAUCGAGGUGAUGGACAGCUCCAUGCCUCUGAUUGGUGAACACGUGGAGGAGGAUAAACAGCUGAUCACGGAGCUCAUCAUCAACAAGAUGGCCCAGGUGCUGCUGGGAGUUUCCACACCUCAGCCUUCCAAUGUCAAGACCACACAGCCCAGACGAGGGGGACACCGCUCUGCUUCAGCCUCUCCAUCCCAGUCAGCCCAGGGUUCCCCUCAGCGAGCCCGGUCAGCCAGCACCUCACCCAGCCAGGCCUUCCAGCCGGGCCCCAUCCCCGCCUCCUCCGGGCCUGGAGCUCAGAAACAGUCUCCACAGCUGAACAAAUCCCAGUCCCUGACCAACACCUUCACGGAAACGUUACGAGGAAACGUGACCGACGACGAGGCCAAAGCCGAAACCAUCCGCAGCCUCCGACAGUCCUUCGCCAGCCUCUUCUCCGACUAAACAUCCCCUUGCCCUCACUCUUCCCAGAAGCUUCCUCUUUCUGUCAGGUCGGAAGAAACAAAAACAAACCCCGACUGGUUAAUCUGUAAUGGAGUCUCUCCCUCCUCAAGCCUCAGCUUCCUGUUCUCCUCUCCUCCUUCCUUCUCACUGUUUGUGAAGUUUAAAACUUGGUGCAACCCGCUGUCCUCACAUCUGUCAGUUAUUUAUCACAAGAAAGGCCA